AUGUCCAACGCAAGUGUCGCGCUCAACAUUGUGGCCGAAAGUGCCGGGGUACCAACCACCUUGCAAUUGCACGACAUGUUGAAUGCAGAACGGCCAGACUGGAAUACCGUCAUGUCUUAUGUGACCUCCAUUUAUCGACACUUCGAGGUUGAGCCCACAUCCGAACACACACAAACUGCGAACCUGACACAUGCCGUCCCCGGAACAGUGGAAUAA